AUGGCCUUCAAUUCCGCAGAUGAUAUCCAAGUGACUUGUCGUCAGAUUCCCUCGUGGCAUCUGAUUCCAAACACUUCAAUCCGAUCAAAACCCCUCAUGAUAUACCAUGGCGCCUUCGACGCCACAGCCGCGGAGCUCACGCGCCGCCUGGAAUCGAUUGGGGAAGUCAUCCCUCAAUGGACUUUUACCAUGUAUAGGGAGACCCAUUUCCAUUCCACCACACACGAGGUUCUAGGUGUCGUUGCAGGACGCGCACGCCUGUGCUUCGGAGGUGAAGAGAACCCCGAGCGGUUCGAGCCGACGGUUCAGCGCGGUGACUUGAUCAUCGUGCCUGCUGGGGUGGGGCACCGCCUUUUGGAAGACGAGGGAGAUGUGCCGUUCAAAAUGGUUGGGUCAUACCCUCCGCAGAAAGAGUGGGACAUGUGUUAUGGACGGCCAGGCGAAGAAGCAAAAGUGCAGGGCAUUCAGAAAUUAGAGUGGUUCCACCAAGACCCUCUGUAUGGAGAAGAUGGCCCUGCUCUGCAUGUGUAG